UUUCUUUUCUCUCUAAAAAAGCAUGAGAAUGAGCUGCAAUGGUUGUCGAGUUCUUCGAAAAGGUUGCAGUGAAAAUUGCAGUUUAAGACCCUCUCUUCAAUGGAUCAAAUCACCUGAUUCACAAGCCAACGCUACUGUCUUCCUUGCAAAAUUUUACGGCCGUGCCGGACUCAUCAAUCUCAUCAAUGCUGGCCCCGAUCAUCUCCGUCCCGCAAUAUUUAGGUCUCUAUUGUACGAAGCUUGUGGCCGGAUAAUUAACCCGGUAAACGGUUCAGUCGGGUUAAUGUGUUCCGGCAAUUGGCAGCGUUGUCAAGACGCUGUCGAAUCAGUACUCAAAGGAUCCACAAUCAUGCAAGUACCAAUCAAUAACGAUGAUGAUAAUAAUAAUAAUAACAACAACAAUACUGAUCAAAUUGUACCGUUAAAAGGUUGUGACAUACGACAUGUUUCAAAGAAUAACUUAACAAACUCUGAUAACCAACAAGUCAAAACUAGGAAUGGGCGGCUCAAGCGUAAGGGUACUUUUGAUUCUGUUGCUUCAGCUUCCGCAGAAGCUGAAGCAGCAGAAGAGUACUUGUUGAAGAAUCAACCCCCGUUGAAGUUCAGUAUAACGGGGUGGGAUCAAUUUGAAGAGAUAGAUGAUGAGAUGAUCAAACGCGCCCCAAGUCAUGACUCGUUUUCAGUUGAAACGGUUGAACCGACCCUGUUGGUGAACCGGGUUGACCCGGUGAAAUUGGAGGAAGUUGGUGAUCAUGUAGGAUUAGAGCUUACUCUUGGGUUGAUGAGUCCAGCAUAAUAGUAACAGACUGGUGACUCCCAAAAGCUCUUAUUGAUUGACGGAGUCGUUUGAUACCU